UUUAUUCGGUUGGUUUCCUGCUCCUUGUGAUAGUAAGUCUGGUGAGGCCUGAUUGCUGUAAAGAUGGUGCUCAAAGCCGUGUGUGUCCUAAAAGGAGCUGGAGAGACCACUGGGACGGUUCACUUUGAGCAGGAGAAUGAGUCGACUCCUGUGAAGGUUACUGGAGAGAUCAGUGGCCUCACACCUGGUGACCAUGGUUUCCAUGUCCAUGCUUUUGGAGAUAACACAAAUGGGUGCAUCAGUGCAGGACCACACUACAAUCCCUUUUCAAAGAACCAUGGUGGUCCUACUGAUGUAGAACGACACGUUGGAGACUUGGGGAAUGUGACUGCUGGAGCCGACAAUAUAGCCAAGAUUGACAUCAAAGACAUUAUCAAGCUCUCAGGGCCCAACUCCAUUAUUGGCAGAACUAUGGUGAUCCAUGAGAAGGCUGAUGAUCUUGGAAAAGGAGGAAAUGAAGAAAGCCUUAAGACGGGUAACGCUGGCGGGCGCCUGGCCUGUGGAGUUAUUGGUAUCGCCCAGUAAACCGAGUUCUCAAAAUGAAGCACUGAAAAUUUCCCCAAGACACUUAAUGAGACCAAGAUAGCUUCUAGACGUAACCUUGUUCUUUUCAGAACUGUGUGGGCUUUUGAUUUGUUUGAUAGUUUAGCCACUCUGCCCUAUCUGUUCCUAUUGGAAGUUGUCUGAAUGGGGUCUGUCUGCCAAAUAGCUUUGGCCCAGAAGAAUUGAUAACGCACAAGUCAUUUAUAAAUGUAUACUAUUGAAAAAUAAAUAUUUCUUCAGAUUCA